AUGUUUAUUCCUUUUGAAUGCUCUCUCUCUCUCUCUCUCUCUCUCUUACAAUUUUUAGAUCGAGGUGCUCUCCUAGACCACACCGCCUCCUCAUUAGCACCAGUUGCUGAUGCUGUUGCUGCCUUGUCUUGUGAGGCCUUGAAGGCCGACACUUCCACUGCCUUCAGCUUCACAGAUUCUGAUGAUGGCUGUUCUGAUAAAGACGUGACUUAUGUUUCUAGUGUUAUGAAGGUUUUACUUAAUUGCUCAAAAUUAUGUGGUAAUCUACAGUGUGACCAAGUUGAUAACAUUCCUAUAGUUCAUGGUCGUAUAAGGUCUCUUUACAAAUCAAUCCACUCUUCAACUCGAAUUGCAGUGAAUUCUUCUACCCCAUUCUCAAAUGGAAAUGGAAGUGUCAGUGAGGAUUUGACCGGACUCUUCUCUUCUCUAGCUCGUGCCCUUAAGAAUCUUGGCAAGAGUAGUUGGCACCGAGCACAUAUUUGUCUAAAGGGCUUCGAAAACCAUAACAUAUAUCCUACUUUGGUUGAUAGUUUCAAUGCUGGAUGCCCUGGUCUUGACAGGUUGAAUAACUCCAUUAAGGCUGCUGCAAUGUUUGAGUUGGAAGACAAGUAUAUCGAAUCAUUGCAUGAACUUUAUAUUUUGUCCAAGGCUGUAAGAAAGAUUCUUUCUUGGGAAGACACAAUUUCGUUUAUAUCACUGGAGGGGAGUAUGAAAGGGGAAGAGGGUAUUGAUGAGAAACCCGACAAGAAAAAGAAGGUUAUGGGAAAAGGCACAACUCUUUUGAUGCAGUUUAUAAAAGAUAAUUUACUGUCUGUGUUUGUGGCUAACAAUGUAAACGACAACUCAUGCUCAACUCUCCCGGAGAAAGUGGCACAAUGUUUCCUUUCCCACUUUGAAAGUCUACUACCAAAAAUAAAACAAGUCGUUGAAAGCAAUGAAAGCAAUGAAAGCAGAAGGCUUCCAAAGCUCGUCAAAGGGACUCGUGAUUUUGCAAAAGAACAAAUGGUUGUACGAGAGAAAGCAUUUGCAAUCGUUGGCAAUGUCUUUAAGAGGCACGGUGCAAUGGCACUUGAUACUCCUGUGUUUGAAACACUGAGGGAAACUCUUACAGGAAAAUGCAGUGAAGAUUCAAAGUUGAUUUAUGAUCUAGUUGACCAAAUUUGUUCCCUCCGGUAUGACUUGACGGUUCCAUUUGCGAGAUAUGUUGCUAUGAAUGGUCUUACAUCUUUCAGAAGGUACCAAAUUGAAAAAGUGUAUAGAAGAGACAACCCAUCUAAAGCAAGACACCGUGAAUUUUAUCAAUGUGAUUUUGACAUUGUUGGUGAUGAAACAAUAGCAGCUGACUUUGAGGUGGUUAGGAUCUUGGUUGAACUACUAGAUGAGCUAAACAUUGGUGAUUAUGAGUAUUACCGUUUGUAUCUAUCGAUGGGUGGGUCAAGAAAAAUAAGAGGUGUUCAAAAUCUGGAAACAGUAAGACCACAUCAAUUAUUAGAGCAAAUGGUGUGUACUGCUUUCAGAGCUGCAGCGGACACUCUUAACCAGACUAGAUUUGGUAGGUUAAAGAACAUGACAAUAAAAAUCGACCAAUUAUACUUCACCAUUGCUUCUGCAUUGAAGUCGUUACAAGCAAACAAGCUACCGGGUGAUAUGGAAAUAAUCCAAGAUGUAAAAUGGCUUUGUGUUGUAUUCGAACACGUGGAGAAGCUGCUAACACUUGGCAGUGGCAGUGGGAAUCAAUGGAGUCACCAACAGAGGGAGAUUGGAAUCUAG